AUGCAGAGCCUGACGGAAGAGGACGUCGAAAACUUUCCUCGCUACGAAAAACCGUUCGUCGAUUUCAUGUGGUGUGAGGCCAAGGCCGGGAACGGCGGGAAGCCGAAGAAAAAUGCGGUCCGGAGUCGCAAUUUCCGGGGACCUGGCUAUGGCGGCCACGGGGGCAACGUGAUUUUGGAGGCAGACGUCAAAUGCGGGGAUUUGCUUCAACUGGAAGAGAAACUUCGCGCCGAUGAUGGCGGUGACGGCGAGGGCACCAGCAGAGGCAUUCACGCCAAAGACAAAGUGGUCAAAGUGCCCGUAGGUACCAUCGUGAGGAAGCGCGUUUCCACCGGCCGUCUCUCUCCCGAGGGGCGGCGGUACAAGCAGAGUCUGUUUUGGUUCCAGUUCCUCUUCGACAAACAAAGCCUGACAGUCGCUGCGGGAGGCCGCGGGGGCCUCGCGCCGAGCACGUUCAAGAAGAAAGACGGCCGGCUGCCUGAGCCGGGCGAACGAAACUUCCUGGAACUCGAGCUGCGCCUAGUGAACGAUGUGGCGCUUCUCGGCGCACCCAACAGCGGGAAAACGUCGUUCGCAGCGGCGGUCACGAGGUAUCAAUCCAAGAUCGGCUCCGAAGGUAUGCAGACGCGCAGGCCACACAUCGGCACUCUGCGCUACGUCGACGGCGUUGAAUUCAAGCUGAUGGAUCUCCCUGCUCUCUGUCCAGGCGCCCACCAAGAUAAAGCACGAGGCAUGCGAAUCCUUCGACACCUCUACCGGUCUCGACUGUUGGUCUACGUUAUCGACGUAGCUCGAGGCCGCGCUCUCAGUCCCGUGCAGGACGGCAGGAAGGGGAAGGAGCGAAGUCUGCUCACAGACGAUCAGAGCCGAAGCGGGGACGCAGAGAGCUACGAGAGGCGCCCGGAAGGCGUCGGCGAGGCGGGAUGGGGCGGCGACCACGCGACGUCAUUCGCCGGUGUCACGGGACGGGGCGACCCCUUUGAGGAUUUCCUUUAUCUGCGGGAGGAGGUUAUGAAGCAUCGCAAAGACAACGAGGGAAAGAAAGAGUUGGUCCUCGCGACAAAGUGCGACGCCCUACAUCGAGGGUCUCUCUAUCACCUCGAUUCGCUGUACUACCGGCUGCGAAGCCAGUAUCCAGAUAUUCCUAUCGUCGGCGUUUCAGCACGGUUCGGUUUGGGCCUGCAAGAAGCCGUCAGCACGAUUCGUCAGUUGCUGGGCCCCGAGGAUUGGCUAGUCAAGGAGCGUCGCGUUCAGAUGGAAAAGUCGUGGGAGGAGUUCUUGCUCCCGAAUCGGGCUGAAGAAGACAAGGCUCUGCGGAGACUCGGCUUCUUCCCCCUUCCCCCUGCCAAUCUUCCUGCAAACGUAGGCGCGUCGUUGCACCCUCCGCCGUCUUUGACGACGAAAGUCGUCGGUUCCCAUGGUUUUUCAGCGAGUCAUGACAACGCGAACGAGUCGAAUCCAGUGAGCGUCGAAAAGGGUGUUGCGCGCCUCGCGGAUGACGAACGGUGCGACAGUGCAGAUGUUAAAAACGUUUGA